UGUUGAAUUAUAACCCUCAGUUUCUGAAAACGAUUUCUUUUUUGCUAAAAUAGUAAAAAUACUUAUCCAACGUCAUGUCCGAUUUGGCUAGAGAUUUAUUAACCCAAUAUUACGGACUCGGUACAGAAUCGAAUAGCAAAAGGUGUUUGUCGAUUAAUCGUUGUAUCCAAAACAUAAAGAACGAAGAGGAGAAAGAAGUUACUGAACAAACCUCCUUAACCAUCAAGGAAGAAAAUGUGUCUGAUGUAGAGUCUCAGAAAGACGAAGAUGAAAACCGGAAACUAAGUAUUGCGAACGAAUUGUACGCACGAUCUUCGCGAGUUCUAAACAGCAUUGAAGAUGCAUACAAUGAUGAUGAAACUUUCGAUUUGAAAGAUAUCGAUUUUGGGCCGAAUAUUAUGUGCAAUAUUUUCGAAAAUAUGCUACAUGAGCAAUCAGCAAACGAUAGCCCUUCGGAUUGUAUUGAGCAGAAUAUCGAAGAUCUAGGGAUAAUAACAAACAAAGUAAAGGAUACAAAGAAAAAAGAUUUAAGUUUAGCAUUCAUCGAUGAUACUUAUCCGGAUAAUAGUUCAGAAGCUUCUUCCGCAACAAUGAGAGAAUCGCGAAAAUCUUCAAGGAGUACUAUAUGUUUACCACCAUUAGCGCUAAAAAAGGAACCCGUAUACGAUGAAAUAUUCGUAGAUUUUUCCAAUAUGGACUUGAAACAAUUUCCCACGGAAAUAUUGAACAACUUUUCGCAUUUAAGGAUGUUGUAUUUGUCGAACAACGGUUUGAUCGAAAUUCCUGACGAAGUUUUCAGUUGUUUAAUGUACUUGGAGUGGUUAGAUGUCAGAAAUAAUCAACUCUCUUCUUUCCCAGCUAGUAUCAAAGGACACAGGUGCUUAGAAACGAUUCUACUUCAAGGAAACAGAGUGGAAAAUCUACCGUUAGAACUUUGCACCUUGCCCAAUUUGAAGACCCUUCAAGUGACUCAGAACCCGCUUAUCACACCGCCGAAAGAUGUCGUGGCUUCUGGUUGCGUGGCUAUUUUGAAAUUUUUACGAAUGGAAUGGAAUAAUGCGCAUCCUGGAGAACGGGUAGAAGCCAAGGAAAACAAAAUCGGACCAACGUUAUCGACGAUUCUAUGUUAUCAAUCUCCACGAAAAAAUAAGAAGAAAAUUAUACCAUUGAAGAACACUAUUUCUAACAGGAACGUGUGUACAAGAGAAAAACGUAAAUCGUAUAAGCCCAGUAACAGAUGUGAAAAUAAAGGUGCAAACAUUGCAAUGGAACAUCGUUUGCUAUGGUUCUCCAAGCUAAGAGAAUUGUUUGCCAAACAAACAGCGCUACUUCAAAAGAUAAAGGAUGAAAAUGUUUUAAAGGAAUGGAGACGGGAUAAAAGAAGUUAUAGCAAAGCUAUGGAAAAGGCAAUGAAAAGAAACGCAGAUGAUAUUCCAUUUGGUUUCGAUGUCGAAGACUAUGAUUCCAUAUUCAAACAAAGUUCCAAACUGAAAAAUUUGGGAUCAAGAAAAAAAGACAAGCAAAAAUUUAUACCACCGGCAGACAUUAAUAAAAAGAUCAACGAGCUGUUAGAAUCUUUAAGUAAACUUGAAGUAAAUACUACGGAUGAAAUAAGUCCUAGAACCAAACAGAACUUGUUUAAAAAUGAUAUAAAAAAGAUAUUAAAAUUUCAAAGCGAAAUUCAGGAUUUGCGAAAAUACAAUGACGUUGCAACGAUACCAUUGAAAAAUUAAACAAACUACAAGGAUUACGAUAAAAUUAUUGAUCACUUUUAGAUACGAUCAAUGUCCAUUUCAACUACGCCAGGAAUAUCAGUCUUGACAUGUUUAUUUAAAUAAAUCAGUAAUAAUCA